AUGGAGCACGACUCAUGGUUAUCCGCAAGUCGCCCCGAGCUCUCCCUCUCUCCGCCGGCGGCGAGCAGCAAAGGAGGAGCGCUUCGGGGACAGGCGUCAGCUCUCUGGCGUCCCCAGACCCCUCCUUCGCCGGCUCGUCCGGAUGCCCCUGAGACAGGCACGGCGGCGCCGUGCUGCCCGUCCUCCUCCGGAAGCGCCUCUCAGUCGUCCGCUCCCCCGCAGUCUUCGUCGCCUACGCACGCUGCUUCGUCUCUUCAGCCGCCCUCGCCGUCGUCUCCGCGCGCUGCCUCGCCGCCUCAGCCUUCUCCGCUGUCCUCCGUCAUGCGUGCGCCCGCCUCUCCUUCGUCUUCCGCCUCGCCGACCCCUCCGUCAGCCGCCAUGGCUGCCGAGGCAUUGACUGCGACGCCGCUCACAUCGGCGUUCAUAGCGGACACGAGGCGGCAGCACUCGAUGAGCAUGACGGGCCCACGCAGCAGUCGCCUCCUGCGCGCGUCGUCCUCCUCCUCCUCGCCCUCGCGGUCCGCGACUUCCUCUUCCUCGCCGCCGCGCCGGGGCCCGAGCGGAACGCAGGCAGGCCAGAGGCCAGCGGGUUCGCAGACGCUGGCGAGACGGGCAGACGGCAGCUCGCUGGCGCGCAGCGGAUCGCACGCGUUGCCGCAUUCCUCGUCCAAGUUCCUAAACAGCGUCAUUCAGCAAGGCUGGCUGCAAAAGUGGACCAAUCUGGUGUCGAGUUGGCGGCCGAGGUACUUCUACGUGAUGCCAGGACUCUUCAAGUACUCUGUGCAGAAGAACGCACCGCCAAAGGAGGUGUUCAUGCUCAACCAGUGCGUCAUUCGCCUCUGCCCUCACGACCCGGUGAGAUUUGAAGUUGAGGUUGUGGACCAGCAGACGCUGUACCUGCGCACGGAGACGCUCGAAGAGAAACAGCUCUGGUAUGCGGCCUUCAAGCAGGCGCAGCGCGCGCUCCUCAACUGCACUCGCAACCCGUCGUUUCCUCUUUCUUCGCUGUCGUCUUCCUCCUUCGCGGCCGCCGACAAGAGCGAGAAAGCAGGAUCGCGCCCCUCCCGCGACGGCCCCGGGCCGCCAGACCGGGCGACGGCGGGGCCGCCCCACGAGCGGAAGGCUAGACCGAGCGACGGCAGCCUGCCAGCAUCGUCUCCUGACUCUGCUCCCUCGACGGCGGCGCUUCCUGUAUCGUCCGCGACGUCCUCUCCCCCGUCGUCUUCACGCCCUGCUGGGACUUCUUCGGUCUCUGUGUCAUCUCAAGAGUUAUCCCCGAGCGGGUCUUCGUCCUUUCUGUCUUCUUCGACCAGCAGCAUGGCUGGCGCGCUUGCGGGGGCGGUGGCGUCGGGCGUGAACUACGCAGCUGCGUACGCCUCUAGCAAACUGCGGGGUUCUUUACUGGCGUCUUCGCCUAGUUCCUCAUCCCUCUCCAUCGCACCUCCUGGGAGCUCCUCCGCCGAGGGACUCGGCGCCUUGGGCGCCACGACCGCAGGCGGCGCUGCGGCGGCGCCGAAGGAGCCAGGCGCCGGCGGCGGCGCGACGGCAACAGGUGCUGCGUCCCCCUCGUCGCCGCAGUCGGCCGGCGGAAGCUCAGCCUCUCUUGAGUGGCUGGGCAAAGAAGGCAGCCCUCUGGUGCUUCUCCUCGAAAAUGUUAUUGCAUCUCGACAGCAAGUGCAGGCAACCAGUGCGGAGAUCCGCGCUCUACAAGCAGGCGCGCUGAAGGAAGUUGGCGCGAUCCUCAGCAAUGCGAACGGCCCUGGCGCGCAUGAGCUGAAGCGGCAGCUCGUUGCGUUGCUGCAGAAGAUUGACAGCCUACAGCUGACUGUUGAGCGGCACUUCAGCACAACUGAGGCGCUCCUUGCGGAGGAGAAUUCGCAGAGACGCCAGCUUGAGAAGUCGCUCAGAUCGAUGGCGAAGCAGAACUACAAGCUCGAGAAGACCCAGCAACGGAUCUUGGCGUUGGGGACUUUGCCUGAAGGAGCCCAGAGCGCGGGCGGUGGCAUGGCGGCGGCAGGAGGCUCCGCGCUCGCCACGGGCGCGGGCGCGCCGGCGGGUCGCGGAGGCGAAGGCCUCGGGAGGCGCGCAGGGCCGGGCGGGGUCUUGGAAACAGAUCACCAGUUGUCCUCGAGCUCUGGAGAGGAAGACGACGAAGACGACGACGUGGAAUUCUUCGAGUGUGAGGAUCAGGAGGCUUAUCCUGCCCCCGAAGACCUUCCGCCCCCACCUGCGGUGCCCCAGAGACCCGAGGAGCCUGCGGCAACGUCUUCUGCUGUAGCCGCCUCUGCGGCGGCGGGCGCGGAAGGUGCGCAAGGAAGAGUCAAGAAGGAGAAGGCGCCUGAGACCUCGCUGCUCCCUGUUGCUUCGCCGGCGUGCUACGCCUUGUCUCUGCUCUUUCCUUCUGAGCACCCGCCUGUCCUGAAGUUCCUCGAAGCCACCGCUGGCCGCCUCGGAGGCGCCAUGCCGCACCGACGCACUGCGCUCGCGAAACCGAGGACGGAGUUCAAGGUCGGCCUCUGGUCGAUUCUAAAGGACUGCAUUGGCAAAGAUUUAAGUCGCAUCAGCAUGCCCGUCUACUUCAACGAACCCACUUCGUUUCUCCAAAGGCUUCUUGAGGACUUCCAGUACGCCGACAUCGUGCAUGCCGCGCCGCUUUUCCCUGAUAGCGUGGAUCGCAUGCUCCUAGUGACUCUCUUCGCGAUCACGCCGUACGCCUCCGCCACCGGCCGGACAUACAAGCCCUUCAACCCGCUUCUCGGAGAGACCUUCGAGUUUACGCACCGAGGAUACAAUUUUAUUGCAGAGCAGGUCGGGCACCAUCCGCCCCGAACGGCUUACCACGUCUCCAAUGACCGCUUCCUCUGCUGGGGCGACGUCGCGGUGCGGAAUCGCUUCACUGGGAAGUCUCUUGAAGUCACGACGCCCGGCACUGUGCACCUUGUGCUUCCCGCGGUCGACGACCACUACACCUACCGCCGCGUCAAGCUUCUCGUCCACAACGUCAUCUGGGGGAAGCUCUGGGCAGAACUCGACGGCACGACGCUCAUUCAAAACCAGACAAAGGGCGACUACAGCAUCAUCCAAUUUCUACGCAAGGGCUGGUUGGACAAGGCCAUUCACAUGAUCCGAGCGAUCGUGUUCACGGCGGAAGGUCGCCCAAUUUACCGCCUCUCCGGCAGCUGGUCGCACGCUCUGUACGUCGAGGAAUACCGGCAGAGCCGCUUGCCUCCCAACGCGCCCAAGCCCGUGCCCGCGUCUUCGAUGAAGGAAUACUGGCGCUCCGAGGGCCCUCCCCCGUCCGAUAGCCCCGACAACAAACUCCAGCAGCUCGUUCAGGGCUUCUGGGAAACGAUUCCUGUGAUUGAGGGCUCGCGACGGUUGAUAUGGCGCCCUGCGGUUCGACCUGCGCACUCCGAUGCGUACUACGGCUUCGGAAAUCUUACGAUGGAGCUGAACGAACUUACCGACGAGUAUGACCCUGCAAAGGGCGCAGUUAUCGCGCCUACGGAUUCGCGAUUCCGCCCCGACCAGAAGCUCUACGAAGAGGGCCGGGUGGAAGAGGCGGUUGAGGAGAAGACGCGACUGGAAGAAAAACAGAGAAGUGCUGCGCGGCUCCGACCGCGAGGCGAAGAAGACUACGACCCUCUCUGGUUUUCAAAGGGACAAGACACCAUUACGCACGAGCCCGCCUGGCUGUAUAAGGGAGGUUACUGGGAGGCGAAGUCCGAGGGCGGUUAUCCUGAUAGCCCCGACAUCUUUUAG